CUCUUACUUCAGGUGUAAAAUGUUCUAACCCCAUGAACACCAGACAUCAGAUCUUAAUUCACCCUGAGAAAUGGCGUUCCUCCAGGAAGUCGUCUCUGUUCUCCUGCUCACAGUGUUCUGCUGCAUCACAAACACCACACCAGAGAAAGCACUGACCUGUGACCUUCAGGACCCGGCUCAGAGGCUGACCUGCGAUGGCGGUCUGAUCCUGGUGCAGAGCGUGGAGGUGAGUCACAGAGAGGCGGAGGUUUGUGUGGACGGUGGUCGUCCAGACCUCCGUCAGGCUCAGGUUUGCUCCUCCACCCCGGUCCUUCACAUCAUGAGGAAGAGGUGUGAUGGACGCCACGGGUGUUGGGUUCCCAUGGAUUCGUGUCACGCAGCUCGACCCUGCUUGACCAGGUGUGUCUGGAUGGAGACCACAUACACCUGUGAGGCUGGGAGAAUCCAUUAUGUGUGUCAGAGACGGAGGGCGACUCUUUACUGUGGUGAUCAGGUGAUCAAGGUGUUGAUGGCGAACUACGGCAGGACCAGUACCCGGCUGUGUCGGUACCGCGCCCCCCGCAGUCAGCCGCCCAGCACCUCCUGUCGCCUCUCUAACACUCUGCAGGUGAUGGCCGACAGGUGUGAUGGCAGACAUGUUUGUUCUGUCCGAGCCUCAAACCAGAUCUUCUCUAACCCCUGUCCUGGGACCAAGAAGUACCUGAAGUACUCCUACACCUGCGUGGAUCCAGCAGGAAAAUCUGAGGACUGAAUCUGAAGCUCAUGGUCAGAGGAUUAAUCAUCCAGCAGCUGAAGCCUGAAGAAAACUGAUCCAUGUUUCUGCUCCUCACGAACAGAAGAGAGGAUUUAUUCUACUUUAAAUAAAUCACUUUAAAAUCCAGCCUCCAGGACUGUGAGGACCGGGCUGUAUCAAAGAUCCUAACAUGAGGCGAACCUUCCAGACUCAUUCUGAGAAAAAGACCAAAAACUACUUUAAUGAAAAUUUGAAUAAACUGAACAGACUGGAUACAAUGA